GCCGUCUAAAGAGGCAAGCAUGUGGAAGGAAUCAGACUCGGGGUCUGUUGGUCGGGUGCUCUCCUCCCCCCUCUUCCUUCACUGGUUGUAGCCAAGGCUCUCCCUCCGGGUGCUCUGUGGCUCCCCGCUGCCUUCCCUCCUCCAGGGGGGCGCUGCUCCUGCCCUUUCCUCCACACCAGCACUCACUUCCUUUUCCAAAUGAUGGAGUAAGUGCUUCCUCUGUCCGGACGACGUUGCUUUUUCACUGCCUGCCACACACACACACACACACACACACACACACACACACACACACCACCCCACACCAAAAUCGUUCAUGGAAUGUUUACAUUCCGACUCAAAGCCAAUCCUAACAUCACCUGUCCCUACUUCCUGCCACACGACACCAGAUUCUCAGAACCACUAUGGCCUCCUGUCUUUUGUGUGUGUGUGUGUGUGGAUCUGGAAUGUCACUGAUGCCCCAAAACCUGCCUCCUCGUCCUUCUCUUUCCCUCCCCUUCACACAGCCCGAAGAGGAAGUUCUCUGCGUUAAGUUACCAUAGCAUUUACGUUAUACUUCUGACCUCAGUUAUUUUGGUUGUUCACGGGUUUCUUUUCUCCACUGGGUUGUGAGCAUUUUUAGGGCAGAAACCUACUGUCCUUCACCUACCUUCACACCCCAGCACCUAACAAAAGCAAAGUGCUCGUCAUAGGAGCUCAAAAGUUUUGGAAGGAAGGAUAUUCAUGGAGAUGAUUGUUGCCUUUUAAAUAUUUGAUAUGCUUUUGGACUCGAUAUAGGCUGCUGUUAAUAUGUUAAUCCUGAUAACAGGUUUCUAACAUCACCGUGUCCGUUUCCUGACCAGCAAAAUAAAAAUGUUAACCUGUGCCACAGUGGCAAUUUAUAUGCAAGAAUCAAUAGUUCAAGUACCAGGAAAAAGUGUGGUUAGGAGGUUGGCAAUGUGAAUCCAAACUCCCUUCUCAAAGCACUUUGAAGGAAAGCGAGGGGUAGUCUUCUACGAUGAAGACACAGGUUUGGGGUAUCUCUUUUUGCCUGGAUUUGCUUAGAUAUAAAAAUAGGGGAUUGGAUUACAGCUCUUCUUCUCCUUUAAGUCUAAAAUUAGGUGAUUCUGGUGGUUCUACUUAACAGGUGUUUAAAUAUUGCAUAAAUUUUUCUCUGUGCUCAAAUUAGCAAUCAAAGCUACAAAGACUUGCUUUUUUACCAGUGCCUCGAAAACAUUCAGAAGUUCAUUUGACCCUGAAUAAUGGCUGUGCAAACACAUUAAGUGGUCAUUUCCACAACUGUUCUGUUUCUUUAAGAGACCUUGCUUGUUAAGCUGGAAGAUCAUUGAACCAUAUGAGGGUCAAUAAAAGAAUAAAAAGUCACCGGUUGGUGAUUUCGGUACAAGGAACUUAAUCGUCGUUGAGUAUCUGUGUCCAUAUGCUGCUGGCCAUCAAAGGGGGAGUGUUUGAUCUUCAGCAGCUUGCCCUUCCUCAGGAUGGUUUCUGGAAAACUGAUCAAGCUCCUGGUUUUUGAGCUUUUCGAGUUUGCUGCUUUCUCCAUUCCCACGCUUGUGAUUGUGGAACAGUUUGCCACCACCUAUCAAACAACGACGGGGAACCCUGAGAAAACACAUUAUUGGCUGAUUGUUUCCUGUUCGAUUGCCUAUGUGGCUUCAGUGACUCUGCUGAUUUGGGUUCCCAUAAAAGUUCUCUUAUACAGGAAGCAUGCCUUUUCCAAAAAAAUUAAAGGAUGGAGACCUGUUAUGAUGAUGUGUGUUAUACUCACCACACUUCCCAGCUUCAGCUUUUCUAUCGCAGGGACUGAGGUUCAAAAGAGUAUUAAUGGUUCUGCGGAUAUCUUACCUGAUACCUUACCUGAUCUGCCAGUUUCUCUGGUUCUGACUUCCUUGAUUGUGGUGGAUAUUAUUGAAAAACUCAGGAUAUAUUCUCUUAGAAGAUGGCAAAAAUGUAAUGAAGUUACAUAUAGUCAUACAACCACUUUGCACCAAGUAAAAACCGUGAUGGACCAAGUGAAGCAAAAGGAAGAAAAUACUUCGUCUCCACAGCCAGCCAGGAGGACCGAGGCAUCACAGCCAUGGGGACAAAGCACACAGAGCCCCGCUCCAGCGCUGGGAGAACCCCAGGAGCCCUCCUUCCACUCGGGAAUCCUGGGAACCAUGUCCCAUCAGGACUAUCGUGCCCAGAUCAUCCUGUGGAGCUUUCUGCUGUGGUCUGACACCAUAGAAAUGGUGCGCGUGGCUGGCCACCCUGCUGUGUAUAAGUCAGGCUGGCUGUACCCAGUCUACAUAUUCAGUUUUAUUUCUCUCCUUCGGAUGAUAUUAACUCCUCAGAACCCUCUUCAGAAUUCCCUGGGCGUCUUUCUCCAAGACUUACCCUUUAUUUUUAUUAGACUUAGUUUAAUCAUUGCCCUGGGAACUAUCACACCCGUAUUGGGCCUUUGUAAGAACAUACUAGUGACUCUCUCUCAUGUUUACUUCAAUUACUUAUCCAAAUUCAGAGCUUUCUCUACCUUUGAAAUGUCUUCAUUUUAAAAAGAAAAUGUCAUAGGGCCACCUGGGUGGCUCAGUCGGUUAAGCAUCUGACUUCGGCUCAGGUCAUGAUCUCAUAGCUCAUGGGUUUGAGCCCCGCGUUGGGCUCUGUGAUGACAGCUCAGAGGUAUAAAUUUUUGUCCUAUGGAAAGAAAUGAGGAAUACAUUGUAGAGAAUAAACUGUUUUUAAUAAGGGUGGCUUAUCGCUUUUUGAAAAGUAUAUUCAACUGAUGUUAAAUUUAAGCAACGUUUUAUUCUUAUAAGUUAACUCACCUGGAUCUCUAGAAAAUGUUAGUAAUUUUAGUUAGUUAGUUAUGUAUACUGCACUUUUUCUAAAAACACUCUUCAUUAAAGCCUUAAAAAAAUUAGAACAUGUUUCCCCACUAAGUCCAAGAAUGAUAUUUUUAUCAUUUAUAUAAAUUAAAGAGCAUUGCAAGAAUGAAUUAGAUAGAACUAUUUUUUUUAGAAAAUAUACCUGAUGUUAUUGAAUAAGUUUUAGAUUAUACUUGAAAAAAUUUGAACGGUAGAGGCACCUGGAUGACUUUAGUUGGUUAAGCGUCCAACUCUUGGUUUCGGCUCAGGUCAUGAUCUCACAGUUCACGAUCUCCAGUCCUGUAUUGGGUUCUAUGUUGCCGGUGCAGAGCCUGCUUGGGAUUCUCUCUCUCUCUCUCUCUCUCUCUCUCUCUCUCUCUCUCCCUCCUUCUCUCCCCCUCCCCUGCUCGC